GAGCUAAGAGACCACAACAUUCCCUUUUCGUCGUUCUUGACGGACAACUUUGGCCGGAGACACAAUUACUUACGCAUCUCCUUGACUGAGAAAUGCAACCUGCGCUGCCAGUACUGCAUGCCAGAGGAGGGCGUCAAGCUUACACCAAGAGGCCAGCUUCUGGGUACGACUGAAAUACUGACCCUAGCCCGCCUCUUUGUCAAAGAGGGCGUAGAGAAGAUUCGUCUCACUGGAGGAGAGCCGCUCAUCAGACCUGAUGUGCUGGACAUCAUCGCUGAAUUGAGGAAGUUGGAGGGUCUGAAGACUAUUGCGGUGACAACAAAUGGCAUAAACCUGGCCAGACUACUGCCCCUGCUGAAAGAUGCGGGCCUCGACCUGAUCAACAUUAGUUUGGACUCACUAGUCCCUGCUAAAUUUGAGUUCAUUGUGAGGCGAAAAGGGUUCCACAAGGUUAUGGAAGGCAUUGAUAAGGCUAUUGAAAUGGGAUACAAUCCAGUCAAGGUCAACUGUGUGGUCAUGCGAGGCCUCAACGAAGACGAACUGCUUGAUUUCGUAGCUCUGACAGAGAAGAAGCCUCUGGAAGUGCGCUUCAUCGAAUACAUGCCAUUUGAUGGCAACAAAUGGAACUUCAAGAAGAUGGUGAGCUACCAGGAGAUGUUGGAUCACAUUAAACAGCAGUGGCCUGACCUGGAAAUGCUUCAAACUGGAAAGUCGGACACAGCCAAGACAUUCAAAGUGCCAGGCUUCAAAGGGCAGGUGGGCUUCAUCACCUCCAUGUCUGAGCAUUUCUGCGGCUCAUGUAACCGCUUACGCAUCACUGCAGACGGCAACCUCAAGGUGUGUUUAUUCGGCAACUCUGAAGUAUCCUUACGAGACAUGUUACGUUCCGGUGCAUCAGAUGAAGAAUUGUUGCAAAUAAUCGGCGCUGCAGUGGGCAGGAAGAAGAAGCAACACGCAGGCAUGUUCAACAUCUCUCAAAUGAAGAACAGACCUAUGAUCCUCAUCGGUGGGUGA